AAAAAAAAAAACUUUCUUGCUGCCACUCUGGGAGUCUCGCGGCUGCAGUCCCGUCUCCGCCCCGUGCAAGCCUGGGACCUCUGCGGGACCCGGGAGCGGGGUCGUCGUCGGUCAACACCGCUGCCUUUCCGUCCGUCCGUCCGUCCGUCCGUCCGUCCGCGUGGGAGAUCAUCGGGCGCCCACCCUCUCCCCCCCACCCAGCCUCCCAGCUGCAGCGCCGCCGCCCGGCCCAGGCGCUUCCCCGGGACAAGUUAGUUCGCCAAGAGUUGAAACGAAGUGAAGUUCGGGGCGCCAAAGGGGGGGGGUUCUCUCCCCCUUUUCCAACUCCCCCCAUCCCCCCUCCCCCGGUGCCCUGUGCCUUGGCCGCUCGAUUCCUCUCCCUCCCCGCCCCUCCCCUCCCAGCCAUGUCGUCCAUCCUGCCCUUCACCCCUCCGAUCGUGAAGCGCCUGCUGGGCUGGAAGAAGGGCGAGCAGAACGGGCAGGAGGAGAAGUGGUGUGAGAAGGCGGUCAAGAGUCUGGUGAAGAAGCUUAAGAAGACUGGCCAGCUGGACGAGCUGGAGAAGGCCAUCACCACGCAGAACGUCAACACCAAGUGCAUCACCAUCCCCAGGUCUCUGGAUGGCCGGCUACAGGUGUCCCAUCGGAAGGGGCUCCCCCACGUCAUCUACUGCCGCCUGUGGCGAUGGCCCGACCUGCACAGCCACCACGAGCUGCGGGCCAUGGAGCUGUGUGAGUUCGCCUUCCACAUGAAGAAGGACGAGGUGUGCGUGAACCCCUACCACUAUCAGAGAGUAGAGACACCAGUUCUACCUCCCGUGUUGGUGCCACGCCACACUGAGAUCCCAGCCGAGUUCCCCCCACUGGACGACUACAGCCAUUCCAUUCCCGAGAACACUAACUUCCCAGCCGGCAUCGAGCCCCAGAGCAAUAUCCCAGAGACCCCGCCCCCUGGCUACCUGAGCGAAGAUGGAGAAACCAGUGACCGCCAGAUGAACCACAGCAUGGACGCAGGUUCUCCAAACCUGUCCCCGAAUCCGAUGUCCCCAGCACACAAUAACUUGGACCUACAGCCCGUCACCUACUGUGAGCCCGCCUUCUGGUGUUCCAUCUCCUACUACGAGCUGAACCAGCGCGUUGGGGAGACGUUCCACGCCUCACAGCCCUCCAUGACGGUGGAUGGCUUCACUGACCCCUCCAACUCUGAGCGCUUCUGCCUGGGCUUGCUGUCCAAUGUCAACAGGAACGCGGCCGUGGAGCUCACGCGGAGGCACAUCGGGAGAGGGGUGCGACUCUACUACAUCGGAGGCGAAGUCUUUGCUGAGUGCCUCAGCGACAGCGCUAUUUUUGUGCAGUCUCCCAACUGUAACCAGCGCUAUGGCUGGCAUCCGGCCACUGUCUGCAAGAUCCCACCAGGCUGCAACCUGAAGAUCUUCAACAACCAGGAGUUCGCUGCCCUGCUGGCUCAGUCUGUCAACCAGGGUUUUGAGGCCGUCUACCAGCUGACGCGCAUGUGCACCAUCCGCAUGAGCUUCGUCAAGGGCUGGGGAGCCGAGUACAGGAGGCAGACAGUGACCAGCACCCCCUGCUGGAUUGAGCUGCACCUGAACGGGCCUUUGCAGUGGCUUGACAAGGUCCUCACCCAGAUGGGCUCCCCCAGCAUCCGCUGUUCCAGCGUGUCUUAGAGACCGGGCUGUGGGCUUGGGGAAGAUGGCCUGAGAGGAGAUGGAGAAAAUCAGAACUCUCCCCAACCUAUUCUUGUCAAAGAAGAUGAUUUCUCUCACAGCUAAGGUGACACCAACCUGUUUUUGAGAACACAGAAGGAAACCCCAGGGGAUGGACUUAGCAUCAGCUGUGGCUGCUGCACACACUGCCCUUUAUCCCGUUCGGAAGGCCAAGAACUGGCUUCUGCCUGGUGGUUCAGGUAAACAGGUGGUGUUUCAGCGUCCGCCUCCUCUCCCCAGCCCGCCGCCUCAAGGACAGAGGUCUGGGAUGCCACAGUCCAACAGGAAGACACCCCUCUCUAGGACUGGAGGAAGCCACCUGUGGAAGGGGGCUCUAGAGCUCUGGCACUUCUGGUAAACACCCCUCUCCCACUGAGCAUGCCCAGCUCCGCCAUCUGCACACCGAGUCCCUGGAGAGCCGGGUGCUCUCCCCGUGCAGAGCACACCGGUGGCUGUGCUUGGGAGAAGACUCGUGGGGUGAGAGCCAUCUUCUUUUCCUCUCACGUGGCAAAGCUGGACCUGCUGAGGCUCCGUGUGUCUACUGUCUAAGCACACGGACCUCGAAGGCCGCAGACCACGCUGUGCUCCCGUGACACAAGGGUCCUGUGCUCACAGCAUCCUGGAUGAGGCAGCGCUCCGCCUCGCCAGCUGUGUUAAUUCACCUUCAACAGGUGCUCUCUUAGAUGUCUUACAUUUCACAGAAACAUUCUGGGUGGGGGCACCUUGACCAGGAAACCAGAGUGGAGCCAGCAACUGCUCUUCCCAAGGCUAAGGCUACACCUGGCAGCUCUUUGGAAGCUGAGAUUUACAGAUGCAAAUUCACCAGAAAGAAAAAAUAUCAAUCUCAGGCCAACAAAUCAGAAGGCUUUUAAGAUGUUUUUACACCUUUGGAAAACACAGGCUUCAUGCAGCGAGGUCUGACAUCUUCGCCCUGGUAGAGGCUUACCAGUGACUUCUGCGGCAGGGGCGCUGUGUAACAAUCAUGGCUCAUGGCAAUGACAGAAAGCUAGUAUAAAUUAUUUCAACUAGAAAGCAAAAAAGCCCUUUUCCUGGCCUUCCGCAGAGCACAGCAUGCAGGAUCGCUGACUGUUCCUUUCUUCUUGGCUGCUGUCUUGUAGGAAUCGACUUAGCCCGCACGCUCGCGUGGGCUCGUGCCAGCAGAGACCCCGGGAUUUCCUGUGAAGUCCCAUCUUAGUCUGGGUGAGAGGUGGUGGUGUGUGCUUCUGGCAAUUUGUGAAUGCCAAAUGUGAGGACUCUUAUGCUCUUAGAAGAUGUUGGGGGGCUUUCUGGUAACUCACCUGUAGGACUCGGUGACCCCUGAUACUCUAGCCACGUUUCCAGUUAAGUGAACCCCCCUUAACCCUCCUGAGGACAGAGAAAGGAUGGAACAAGCCCCUUGUGCAUCGUCCUUCAGGCUGUGGAACAAUUACAAAACCCUCAUGUCCCCCAGAGGGCAUCUACUGCGGAUGUGAAGGUUGGCCUUGCUCGUACAAACACAGGACACCCUCUGAACCUGCUGCAUGUCAUUGAUGCUCAAGUCAGUCCUGACCAAAGGCAGGCAAAUUCCACUGUGGCUUCUGUUGAAACCGUUGUGGUCCUCUAUGAAGUUUCUGGGGGCCUGCAUUCUCCACUUGCUACAAGAUCAGCUAUGGCUUCCUACGUCAGUUAACCUCCCACCUGGGGCAAUCUUGUCCACUUGGCUGCAUUGGUUACCUGAGUUCAAAGCUCAAACCUAGGCUUCGUGUAGGAGGCAUGAAGUGUAAGGUGGGUUCUUUGAAGGUCAAAUGAGGAAAUGGAAACAAGCCUACCUGUGGCAUCAUGGAGCAUUGCCCCCCUUAAAUCAACCAUUUAGUUUUGAUUUAAAUCCGGUUGAAUGAAUGGCAUUUAUAGCCUUAAACACUAUUUAAAAGGCAGUUGAAAAGGGCAAGAAGAAACCAGGGCAGUUAGGUAGUCGGCAACUUGACCAUGUGUGCUAUUUGAACUUCAGGCUGCUGUCUGACAUCAGCUUGUGGCUUGUACUGGGGGUGUCUUCAGCACCUACUGAGGAGCCGACUUCUUGUCCCCUCCCUCCUCGACCCUGACUAACUUAGAUCCUUCCAGGGUGUUCACAGGGAUCAGCCUUGGCCAGUGUGGGAUACAGGCCUGUGUUGGCAUGUCAUCUCGGCUGGCAGACUGUAGAAAAUCUGACAUUUUGAGACGAGCCUUGAGUCGGGAGUGGGGACUUCUGAUUAGGACAGCAGGUAUGAGGGCAAGGCUGCGUUGUUUCUUAUAGACAGUGAUGAUUUUUCACGUCGCUGUUAAUGCACUGAAAUGAGCUGCAGCACUGCCCUUGGCUUCCUGGAGUCUGGACAUGUUUCAGGGCUGAAUGUCUCGGGUGGAGGCAAAGGUAAUUUCACUCUAACCCCCAAGCCAUUAUUCCCGAGUCCCCUUGUUCCUCUGGGAAAGACAUUUGCCAGAGGGGCAAGGGUAUCACCAUAAGUAGCAAGAGCUAGGACUUUUCCCAAAAGACAUCUUUUGAUUAGAAGGAAGCUUUAAUGGAGCUCAGUUUUACUGUCUUUAUUCGGCAUCGUGUUCCAUCCUUGGCGUCCUUUAAGGAAUGCUCUUCACAAUGUACAGAUCCCUUUUAAAGGCGCAGGAGGACAUGGGUCAGGCAGAGAGAGGAGGCCCCUCACAAGGGAACGGCAGCAUAUGGCACCUCCUUAGAAACAGCUGUCCCAUAAAGUGUCACUGAGUUUCUUGGAGGCAAGCUGCUUUUAAAUGCAGAAGUAAUGUAUGCUCUAACAUUCUGGUGUUUUUAUAUUUAUGUAUUAAAACCAUUCAGACAGAUAACUAUUUAAUUUCUUAAGGACAGUUGGAAAGGUCUCCUCCUGGGGACAGUGGCUGCAAGAGCUGGGGCACAGCCAGUUCUGAAUGCUGGUGGAGGGGGUAGUGGCUUUUUUGGCUUGGCGUCCAGAAACACCAGUCCAGGCUGGGUCAAGAAGUGGCAGCGUGCAAAAACAGGCACCUCCGAGUCAAACCGAGGUCCUUCCACUGGGUCCUUGGAACCAGGCCUGCUCUUCCUGGAGUGAAAACUUCACACGGGGAAGGAGCCACCUUCCUCCAAGAGGCAUUUGCUGGGGCAAGCAGGCAUUUGUGGACUGGUUUGAAGAUGCUUGGGUGAGCAGAGGACUAGAGCAUGGAGGCUCUGACUUCAUCCUUCAGCCAGCCUGACCUGUUAUGAUCUUUGUAAAAAGCAUGUAUUUAUAGUGUUUUAGAUUUUUCUAACUUUUGUAUCUUAAAGCAGAGCACCUGUUUAAGCAUUGUACUCCCCAAUUGGUAAAGAGCCGUGUUCCCCUCUCUUCCUGUUGUAAGUGCCCUUCUAAUAAACUGCCCACGGGAAAGCUCCGGGCCAGGG